UUUUUUAAUAUCACAGUACAUAUUUUUGCAACGUUGUUUUUAUGAAAAUUGGAAAACAUUUUUCGACUUGGUGUUUUUGCGUAAAAAGGAUAGGCAUAAAAUUAAAAGCAAACCUAUUAGAUGACUUCAUCUUCAAACGUUAACAGUAAUUUAAUGGACGAAUUUGAGGAAGCUUUUCAGAAUUGUUUACUUUCGUUAACCAAACUUGAGGCAAACACUGGUUCAACAAAAGAGGAAAUCGAGUUUGAAGCACAAAAGACUAUUGACCGGUUCAUUGAUGUGGCCCGACAAAUGGAAGCAUUCUUUUUGCAGAAGCGUUUUCUUGUAUCGACACUUAAGCCAGACCAGUUGAUAAAGGACGAAAAUCACGAUUUACGUAUUGAGAUACAGCGUAAAGAAGCGUUACUCAAUAAGCACUACAGCCGUUUAGAAGAAUGGAAAGCUUGUCUAUCAGAUAUACAACAAAAUCCAAGUAGUUUAAAUCGACCGGUAGUUGGUCCUGUCAUACCUGGAGCAAUGGGCGAAGGUAUGCCAGGAACUUCAGCGCAAGGAGCUCCUAUGGGGGUAGGAGCAGCAACAGGUUUAGUUAUUCCUCAAAGAUCGGGCAUGUUGCCCAACAUGGUAGGACAGAUGGCACAAAUGGCUGGUCAAAGUUCGCAACAGCAUCUUCAAAAUCACAAAAUUCUGCAGGCCCAACAAAUGCAACAACAGCUUCGUAUGAUGGGAAAAUUACCCAAAUAGUUCCUCUAUUAUAUGCCGAUUAUAAGUUGAUGUGUAGCGUUAUAAAGAUAAACAAGAUAUUUUGAUAUAAUAAUACAUAUAUAUAUAUACAUAUAUAUAUUUGUAUAUUUAUAUAUGCAUAUUGUAUAGUCGCUUUUCUUCUU